AUGUUGCGCCUUGCACUAGUUCAAAUGCUCGUUGGUCCAGAUAAACUGGCCAAUCUGAAACGCGCGAGUGAUUUGGUCUCACGGGCCGUCGCAGAACAUUCCGCCCGUCUAGUCUGUCUUCCCGAGUGCUUUAACUCACCAUACGGAACCAGUUACUUCGAUACUUACGCGGAAUCCAUCAAAGACGGACCAACAAUUCGUGCUAUGUCCGAAACAGCAAAAACUCAUGGUAUAUGGCUUGUUGCCGGAUCGAUACCGGAACGAGGAGAAGAUGGAAAAUUGUACAACUGCAGUCUGACAUUUGACCCGUCAGGUCGACUGGUAGGCACCUAUCGAAAACUGCAUCUGUUUGAUAUCGAUAUUCCAGUUUUAUUCCGGAUGAGCGUUCAUGGGGACAUUUCAGUGGUAACCUAUACUUUGGUCUGA